CCCCCAGCGAAGAUGCCUCGCCCGGGCAGAAACACUUACAGUGACCAGAAGCCGCCCUACUCCUACAUCUCCCUGACCGCCAUGGCGAUCCAGAGCUCCCCGGAGAAGAUGCUGCCCCUCAGCGAGAUCUACAAGUUCAUCAUGGACCGCUUCCCCUAUUACCGGGAGAACACGCAGCGCUGGCAGAACUCCCUGCGCCACAACCUCUCCUUCAACGACUGCUUCAUCAAGAUCCCGCGCCGGCCCGACCAGCCGGGCAAGGGCAGCUUCUGGGCGCUGCACCCCAGCUGCGGGGACAUGUUCGAGAACGGCAGCUUCCUGCGCCGCCGCAAGCGCUUCAAGGUGCUCAAGUCGGAGCACCUGGCGCCCAGCAAGCCGGCCGACGCGGCGCAGUACCUGCAGCAGCAGGCCAAGCUGCGCCUCAGCGCCCUGGCCGCCACCGGCACCCACCUGCCCCAGAUGUCCACGUACAACCUCGGCGUGUCCCAGCCCUCCAGCUUCAAGCACCCCUUCGCCAUCGAGAACAUCAUCGCCAGAGAGUACAAGAUGCCCGGGGGACUCGCCUUUUCCACGAUGCAGCCCAUGCCGGCCGCCUACCCCCUCCCCAACCAGUUGACUACGGUGGGCAGCUCCAUCGGCACGGGCUGGCCCCACAUGUACAGCUCCGGCAUGAUCGACACCGCCACCCCCAUCUCCAUGGCCAGCAGCGAGUACAGCGCCUACGGCGUGCCCCUCAAGCCGCUCUGCCACGGCGGGCAGACGCUGCCGGCCAUCCCCGUCCCCAUCAAGCCCACGCCCGCCGCGGUGCCGGCGCUGCCGGCGCUGCCCGCGCCCAUCCCCACCAUCCUCUCGAACUCGCCGCCCUCCCUUAGCCCCACGUCCUCGCAGACCGCCACCAGCCAAAGCAGCCCGGCCACCCCCAGCGAGACUCUCACCAGCCCGGCGCCCGCCCUGCACUCGGUGGCGGUGCACUGA